GGGUCAGUUCGAGUUGAGAUCACCUCAAUUCAGAACUUCGUUCUGCAGAAACUAAAACUUUCGUCCAAAAACUAAGCUUGCUCGACACUUUAUAUAUUAUUUCUACCUACGUAAAGAACUUUGAGUACUAUCAUACAACUCUCGAGAUCUUUUGUAAGACAGCUCUCGAGAUCUUUUUGGAACUUGUUCAGACUUUUUUUUUCAGUUUUGCUUCUACACCACCGCUUUCCGUGUUCUACAUCUAGUACUGCAGCAGCAGCUUUUUGUUUUUACUUUCACUCCUCCAGCAGUAGUUUUCGGUUUCUCGUCAGUUUCGUUCGCAAAAGAAAUGUUUUUCAGGACGAAGAUGAACUACAAGUCCCAUAUCAUGUUGGCGCGUCCUCUCGUCGCGGCCGCGUGGUUUCUGCUAUUCGCUGCCGUCCAGGAAAUUUCGAUUUAUUGUCACGCGAGCAGGAAGGUGUCGCGUACGCGUAGGUCUGAAAGCCAAACAAGAUCAAGAUCGAUGUCGAGAUUGGGAUCGCGGUCUCGGUCUCCCGACUCCCGUGAUGAGGCGCGUGCUUCUGGUCACCAGCAGAACUACACGAAUGCGGACGCUGGUACGACUACUUCUCCUUCUGUUCUUGCCGCAGUCUCCAGUGCACCGCCGCAAGAGGACACCAGGGGCAAGUAUAUUGAUGCUUUGCAAGAAAGUGUCGGACCCGACGCGCGCGCAAUCAGGGGAUCAUUCCUGUCUCCGAACGCGAUGGCCAGCCUGAUUCAAGCCAACAAGAUGACUCGCGCUGCGCUCGGGUUCACUCCCGAGGAGCAAUUUAGGGGAGAUUUGCAAAGUGCCAUUGCUGCAGCGCGGCGGGCCGAGAGGCUUGGUCGUGAGUAUCUUACCUUUGAGAUUCUUACGCGGAUCCGGACUUUGGUGCUCGCUCCUCCGCUUCCGCACUGGAAAAUGCAGAUUUCCGCCCUUCUGAAGGAAUGGCGACAGGAUGUGGGCGACUGCGCCGAGGAAGUUUUUUAUCCCGAGAAAAAACUGUCUCAGUCUCGAAUCUUUGCAGACUUAGCAAUACAGCAUGAAACGGAAAAGAAGAAGAACCUGUGAUACCGAUACGUCGGACACAAGAAUUCGAAGGAGUGCCCGCCCGGCGAGGUUUUUUUCAAAAAAAAACGCAUCCGAAAGAAUGCCAAGAAGCUGUCUCUUUGUAGAGCUUCCGCAUUUUUACAGGUCGAGACCGAGACAGUUUUUUCUCGCGAUAUUCUUCGGGGCGAGAUGAGUCCGGAUCUGUUGAAUAGUGUGGAGUUUUUCCUCAGAUUGCCAGACAACGGGCGGCCCCUUGCCGACAGCACUAGACAAAGCCUGCGUGGGUGCGUGCUCUUUGCUGGUCCGCAGGUUUUGAAUAGCAGAGAGGUGAUGCUGCGUGUGGCCAUGCUCCGUUCUCUUCGCGAAGAACAGGCAGAAAACGACGAGCACAUGUAUUAUUUUCGAGGCAGUCCCGGCCUCGUUGCGCUCGCGGGAAACAUAACUUCUCGUCCGCAACAAGCGCAAGAGGGCACGGCUAGGAGUUCUUUCACGCUUCGGGGAGACGCGGAAUUCAUCAAAGCUCUUCUGCUAAAAAUUCCACAUCAUGCUGCUUUUGUGUUGCGCGAGAUCGCGGAGGUUUCCGUGCGCGCAAACCCGGAAUUUGCCCGAUGGAUGCUACAAGAAGACCUUCGCAGCACCAGUAACGGAUCGCUAGUCAACGGAGAAGGAGACUGGGCCGUGGCUGUGCGAGACAGCUUACUGCCGCACUUCUUCAGCAAUCACGACAUUAUGUGGCAGGCUUUACUGACAAAUGAGCAGCGCCCCUUUGAUUCAGAAGCCCGGCCCGGCGGUCGCUUUCGGGGCCCAUCGCGAAGCAUGUAUGCCUCGAUUCCCGAAGCCGUCAGAUUCAACAUGGCGAACGGUGGGGCAUGGGACCUGCUUCAGGCCGCUGUUACCCAGAACGUGUUCAAUCUUGCCGUCGCGCCCCCCGAACUUCUUCGUGAUCCGACACGGAUGCGCGAAGUUCUCUCGUCGAUGAGACGCUUCGGGAACUACAGUCCCCGGAGCAACGAGGGCGAGGACCCCCUUUGCUUGGUCGAUCCAGUGCUCCUAUCAAAUGCAAAAAUGUCUGGGUCUGGAAGGAUGCAGAUUUUUGCCAUGCUGUUUUUUCAUGACCCGCGAGGUCUGGCAAGCAACGUCUAGCAUUACAGGUUUUGAGAAGCUGCGUCGAUGCCUAAUCCGCAUGACAAGUCGCCUAUUUGUUCGGUGAAAAAGUGGGCAACCCUUGUUGCUGUCUAUGCAUAAGAGAUUUUUGUGUGGUGUGAGAUGCGCAUCACAAGUUCCGUCUUUCCAGACCCAGACAUUUUUGCAGUUGAUAGCUCCGCAAUGACGCUGAGUUUCUGCGUAGUAUUUUCGAAAACGAUGAUGAUAUGGCGUUCUCAAACGUUACAUUCUCAUCUGUUACAUGAAUUUGUCAUGCAGAAUGAGCAUCAACGUCCACACAGUGAAGCUACUUCGCAUGACAAAUUUUGAAAGAGCUAAACAGCAUGGGAAUCUGUGCCGAAUUUGUAAUGCAAGAGUUGCAAGAUCCGGCCUUUCCCUGUUGCCAUUCUUACAUCACAAAUUCGUGUAACAGUUGAGAGUGUAACAAUUGAGAAUCCCAUAGAUGACUGGGAAAAUCUAUGGAUGCAACGCAGAGCGAUGCCUUUUUUUCGUUGUUUCGGCGAGGAUUUAUUGCUUCGCGCGGCGGACCCCAGCCUCGUACGGGACUACAUCGCGCGCAUGCGCAGACGUGCCCAAGCCGAUCUAGAUGCUUUUCAAGGACAGGUAGGCGCAGAAUCGAGCUUGCAAAGAAUCCGUGAUGAGCUUCAGCAAGUGCAAGCAGUAGAGGACGGGUUCAUCUCGCAGCCCCCCCGGUUAGGACAUUGACAACCUGUGGUCGCGUGACAUGACUUGCUGUGGUCGCCGAGAAGGACCGAAGUGGGCGCCGCGACAUGUUGUAUAUGCAUUUAGCAUUGUCGUCGCAAGUAUCAUUAUGAUACUUAGGACGGAAUAAAACAUGUAAAGUCAUGUAAGAUUGUAUGAUGCCAUUUUGUAUAUGUAUGAUUUAUGUAAAAAGGAAAAGCAGUCCUCGUGUAAGUUGUAUACCAGCAUUUUGAUGUAUAAUUGUCAAGCCGCGAAGAUCUAGAGUAGGUACGUCGUCGUCGUCGAAGCUUCAAAAAUAAAAAUCAGUUUUUCCAAGGUAGUAGCUCAAAGUGCGUAACAAACCCAAACCUUUCGACAACUGCAAGAAGCUUCAAGCUUUACACUUUUGCAGCAACAAAUCUCUCAGAUUCAAGUUUUAGAUUUUUUCUGAGCUUCGCUAUUGAUUUUUUCACCCGUUGAAAAAGAUGUUUGUUUGUUUGUGUUUAUGCGUGAAGGUGGAAACGCGUUUACUCACCUUUUUCUUCUAGCGCUACUUCAA